CGAAAAUAUCCGAACGGAUCUAGACCUAAUCGAGCAGCUGGAAUGGGCUACUGGAAAGCAACAGGAUCGGAUAAAGCAAUUCAUGUUUCAAGCUAAAAUUCAGAAAUUGAAAGAAAAAUAAUGGAGUUUCCAGAGCUUCCACCAGGUAUUCGUUUCAAGCCUACGGAUGAAGAACUCAUCGUUUUCUACUUGAAGCCAAAGGUCGACGAACAGCCUGUCCCUCCUUCUGAAAUAAACACCGUCGAUUUUUACAAGAACGAUCCUCAGACGCUAGCAGUAGACGAUUUUUUCCCGGAAGACGACGUAUACUACGGCCAGUAUCAAGACGAAGGUUUCCAACCGCAACAACAACAAGACGGUUUCUUCCAACCGCAACAACAACAAGACGAAGGUUUCCAACCGCAACCACGACAACAAGACGAAGGUUUCCAACCACAACCACGACAACAAGACGAAGGUUUCCAACCGCAACCACGACAACAAGACGAAGGUUUCCAACAGCAACCACGACAACAAGACGAAGGUUUCCAACCGCAACCACGACAACAAGACGAAGACGAAGGUUUCCAACCGCGACAACAACAAGACGGUCUUUUCUGUUUCUUCCAACCACAACAAGACGAGGAGUCCGAAUAUAUAGCGAGCUUAUUACAAAAUUUUGUCUAGUUAAUUAAAUUAUCUAUGCAUCUUCAAAAUUGUUAAGUCUCGCAUUUUUUUUAAUGGAUAAAGCCAAUUGUAGAUUAUCGAGUAUACAUAU